AUGCGCCAGGAAAUGCAAGAUCAAUUGAACUGGGUCCUCACUGGAUUCUUCGUGAAUAUCAACCACCACACACUUGAACUCAGCCAAGCGGACAUAGCUAGCUUGCAGAACCACGGGAGCGACAUCUCCAAUGCUUAUCAUGUUAUCGUUACACCUAGAGCUGAAAAGCCGGGGCUGUUGGCCGGUAUAGGCUCUGGUACCGGCGAUUUGCAAAAAUCCAAUGCCAAGUUGGUCUUGCACAUCCUGGGAAAGAUUGAAGAAUCUUGCAUCAUAUUGGAGGAUCCAAAACGAUUCACAACUGCCAAAGUUAACGUUAACGCGCUCAAGCUGAUGUACCGCCUGAACGACUUUUCCGUUGGUCUACUUGCUGCUUUAGAAAAACACAGCCUGAUUAGUGACGAAUUCAUCAGGGGAAUUUUGAAUGACCGAUACCGAGGGAAAUUGAUUUUUAAUUGGACCUCCGGGGUGCACGUGUUUAACCCUGCUCACUUCCAGGUUUUGUAUAUGUCGAUUGACUUCAGGCUUAGUAUGAAAUCAAGUCCUUCAACUCAUCUAAUACAUGGUCUAUUAAAACAUUUGGAUUCGGUCACUUGGAAGAAUUUGGAGCGCUCAUGUUUGGACGCUCAACUAACAGGAAUUAGUCUGGACCCUGAACUAGAAGAGCACAUGGCUUCCUUUAAGCAACUUAUACAACUAAGAAAUGAAUUCAUGGCGCUCACAUCGCCCGCCGUCGAGAGAUUGACCGAUCACGCUUUUCAGGGUCAUAUACAUCAGGUGUUGCAAGAUUUAAUUCGCCGAAUCUUCUCAACAGUUGACGGGGAAGCAUUAGACCAUUAUUUAAUACGAAUCAAGCUUUCGUACAACGUACUACGCUUUCUGAUCGAAUACUGCGUCAAGCCGUCAAGCUUAUCUGAAGAAUAUAUGAGAAAACUUCGAAAAUUAGCCGAUUUUCCCAAAUUACAGGCCUUGGAGACAUAUAUGAUUGAAUAUUCUGAUAUCCUCCAGAAGGCCUAUGUUGAACUAUGCAAAACUCUGCAAAGAUCUCCGGACCGAGACUUGACCGAAAAGUAUGGACUCGAGCUUUUAGAUGGGAGAUAUUUGGUUGACAUGGACAAAGCAGAACAACCCUUGCUAAUUUCUCUCGGAAAAAACCAAGAUACUAACAUGCAAACACCUAAGUUAGAAUCCCUCGAAAUAAUCAAUGAACUCAAGAAGGAAAUUGAACUAGUGUCAAACACAUUGGGAGAUCCCAAUCAACAUGGGGUGGAAUCCCAAGCGAAGGACUUAGCAUUUGCUCUUGGUAUUUACUAA